CCAAAUCAACUCCCCGCAGACACCCCGAAACACCAAAGACCACCGCCGCUGCCUGCGCACCACCCAGGCCACAGCUCGAGCCCAACGACAGACGCCUAGACGCGGCUGGGCGGUCGGCCUCACUUCUCACCUCCCCCCGCGCCUCCCUCCCUCCUGCUCCGCGUCUCGAUCUCGUCUCCCGCGCCGCCUCGCGCGACCCGGCCAGAUCUCGCCCUCCCGGCGCCUGCGGCCAUGGAGAACCUGAUCUCCCUCGUCAACAAGCUGCAGCGGGCCUGCACGGCCCUCGGCGACCACGGCGAGGAGAGCGCCCUCCCAACGCUCUGGGACUCGCUGCCGGCCAUCGCCGUCGUUGGAGGCCAGAGUUCUGGUAAAUCUUCGGUGUUGGAGAGUGUGGUCGGGAAGGAUUUCCUACCCAGGGGUUCAGGCAUUGUCACCCGGCGUCCGCUGGUGCUGCAGCUCCACAGGAUUGAUGGGGACAGGGAAUAUGCCGAGUUUCUGCACCAACCCAGGAAGAGAUAUACAGAUUUUGCUGCUGUGAGGAAGGAGAUAGCUGAUGAAACUGACAGAGAAACCGGUCGCUCAAAGCAAAUAUCACCUGUCCCUAUUCAUUUAAGCAUCUAUUCUCCAUAUGUUGUGAAUCUGACUCUUAUUGAUCUUCCUGGGCUUACUAAAGUAGCAGUUGAGGGUCAACCGGACAGUAUUGUUCAGGACAUUGAAAACAUGGUUCGCUCAUACAUUGAAAAGCCAAAUUGUAUCAUUCUGGCAGUUUCCCCAGCUAAUCAGGAUCUUGCAACUUCUGAUGCAAUCAAGAUUUCACGAGAAGUUGAUCCUAAAGGUGAAAGAACCUUUGGUGUGCUCACGAAAAUUGAUCUGAUGGACAAGGGUACCGAUGCUGUUGAUAUACUGGAAGGAAGAUCUUACCGGCUCCAACAGCCAUGGGUUGGUGUUGUUAAUCGAUCCCAGCAAGAUAUCAACAAAAAUGUGGACAUGAUUGCUGCUAGGCGUAGAGAGCGUGAUUAUUUUUCCAGUACACCAGAAUACAAGCACCUUGCUCCUAGGAUGGGUUCUGAAUAUUUAGCGAAGAUGCUCUCAAAGCAUUUGGAACAAGUGAUCAAAUCUAGGAUUCCCGGGAUCCAAUCUCUUAUAACAAAGACAAUUGCAGAGCUAGAAACUGAACUCAAUCGACUUGGAAAGCCCAUUGCUAAUGAUGCUGGGGGGAAGUUGUACACAAUUAUGGAAAUAUGCCGUAUGUUUGACAGUAUUUACAAAGAGCAUCUGGAUGGAGUGCGCCCUGGGGGUGAGAAGGUUUACCAUGUCUUCGACAAUCAAUUUCCUGUAGCAAUUAAACGGUUGCAGUUCGAUAAACAACUCUCAAUGGAAAAUGUGAGAAAGCUUAUAACAGAAGCUGAUGGAUACCAACCUCACUUGAUAGCUCCAGAGCAAGGAUAUCGACGCCUUAUAGAAUCUUGCCUUGUUAGUAUCAGAGGUCCUGCUGAGGCAGCUGUUGACGCGGUCCAUGCUAUCCUGAAGGACCUUGUCCGCAAGGCUAUCAAUGAAACACAUGAGCUGAAGCAGUUCCCCACUCUUCGUGUGGAAGUAGGCAAUGCAGCUUUUGAGUCAUUGGAUAGAAUGAGGGAUGAAAGCAAGAAGAAUACAUUAAAGCUGGUUGAUAUGGAAUGCAGCUACUUGACUGUAGAUUUCUUCAGGAAGCUUCCUCAGGAUGUUGAGAAGGGUGGAAAUCCAAGCCACUCUAUUUUUGAUAGAUAUAACGACUCUUAUCUUAGACGAAUUGGACAAACUGUUCUAUCAUAUGUUAAUAUGGUGUGCGCGACGUUGAGAAACUCUAUCCCGAAAUCUAUUGUUUAUUGUCAAGUCCGUGAGGCAAAGCGCUCACUUCUCGACCACUUCUUCACUGAACUAGGAGCAAGAGAGAUGAAGCAACUUUCCAAGCUUCUUGACGAAGACCCCGCAGUCAUGGAACGAAGAACUAACCUUGCUAAAAGGCUGGAACUGUACCGGAGUGCCCAAGCAGAAAUCGACGCAGUUGCAUGGUCCAAAUAGUCUCGCUGGCCAACUUACCCUGCUCUUGCAUGUUCAUCUUUACUCCUUGUUUGGUGAUUCUCCCCCAUUCUGGGGCAUAUAUAGCUGAUUUUUCCUGUUGUAGGUCAGGUCAUUUAUAGAUCAACUGCAGCUGCACGGUGUCAUUUGGUUUGUGCUUUUGUUCCUUGUGCUUGAGGAUCUAGGGACACCAGGCUGCUGUACUCUUGUAUCACGAAGAACAAGUUCAUAUAUUGUGCUUUCAUGACCGUUCAUUCUUUUAUUC